CUUACCAUUCAAGUUUCUCAAAUUGGUCAAAUGUCUUUCAAUAUGACAGCAGAAAGUAUCAAGACUGUUUUUAAUUUUUUAACAAGAGAUAACACAGAGUUAUGGCUUAGUGUAAAUACUGUUAGUCAUUGGCAUCAUGAAGUAUCAGAGUUGAAUGUAAGGAAUGCAUUUUAG